UUGGUACGCGGAUGUUGCUAUGAAGUGUGUGGUUUGUGUGGUAUGUUUGUUAUUUAAUGUUUGAAGUAUGACUUCAGCCGUUAUUGGUAUAGACGAUGAAGUAUUAAGCGAUGUAUUAUCCAAUCGGCCUCCCGAAGAAAUUGAAAGUCCCAUCUGGUGAUGGGAUCAUUCAGAGCAUUGUUUGCAAUAGAGACAGAAAUCUCUUCUGUGUUUUGAGUGAAAAAGCAAUUUGGAUUUGGUAUAACCGGCCAUGCCUUCCACUUUGUGGAGUGCGGCGCUCCAGCCAGUGCCUGGAGCAGUUUGGCACCAACAUCAUGAUGGAGUGGCGGCCAGACUCUUCCUCCCUUGUCAUUGCUACAAGUGGCAGCAAGUUGCUCUUCUACCGCAUUCAUGUGGAUGAGAAGAUGCGAGAAGUUUACAUCCAGAAUGAUUCUCCUAACCCAGGAUUAAGAAGAUAUUCUGCUGAGCUAUACACCAAAGAAAAAAUCCCCCCACUAUUUAUUAAGCAGGUGAAAUGUGUAGAUGUGAGAGGUGGAAUCAGCUGUCUAGUGUGCUUGAGAGACGAGCUCAUGGUGGGGUGUGGUGGAGGCCACAUUCAGAGGCUGCGCUGGGACGGCUCGCUGCACUACGACUACUGUAUUGACCUGGCGAGGGUGCCCUUCUGUGACGACCAACUUGUCAUGCAAGCGCUUCCGCUGACCACGCCAGGAGUGUUCGUGGUGUGCCUCGAGUACUCGCCUCUCGUGGGAGGCUUCGCUACCGUGCUCAGUGAUGGCAGAGCUGCCUUCCUCACAGCCUCUACGCUGCAGUUCGACCCCAAUGCAGUUCAAGGCAUCUGGGCUCGGGAGCUCGAUGAUGCGACCUGUGCGGCUAUCAAUCACAAGUACAGGCUGCUGGCCUACGGCAGAGCUAACGGGGAAGGCAUCGUGUACCAGGUGGACGAGGCCACGGGGGGGCUGGAGGUCACACACAGACUCGCGCUCUCCCCUCGGGACUACUCAGGCUAUCCUGGACCUGUUGGACUGCUGAAGUGGUCCCCUGACGGGACGGUGCUGGCGCUGUGCUGGGCCAGCGGAGGCUUGUCCCUCUGGAGCGUCUUCGGGUCGCUGCUCACGACGUCCCUCAAGUGGGACUACGACGACGACCCGCGCUCCAGACCCAUCGCCAUCUCCUCUCUGGAGUGGGGCGCGGAGGGCUACGAAGCUUGGUGCGUUCAGAUAUCGAGACAGAAGCCUGCAGCGGCGCCCAGUGUAGGAGGCCUGAUGCUCGCUACGGGCGGCACCACGCCGGCCUGUGAGCAGCCUGCUCACGCUGCAGCUGCUCAUACGAAAGCUAACGUUGAUGGUGUGGAUGACGGGGAGGCUUCUGAUGCAGCUUCUGAUCUCACGACAGCGGUGUUGCAGUUCAACUUCAUCAAAAGUGCUCUCACUGUUAACCCGAGCAUGAGCGGCGUACAACGCGUGUUGCUGCAAGGCAGUGACCGCAUUUACCUGAGCACUCCUGAAGAACUGCCGUACAGCAACUGUAACGUCGCUGGCGAGUCUCUGGGUCCCUACGGUGACGAAUCCUUCACUAGUGACGUGCUCUUCCCUGACGAGGAAGAGGAGGACGGCUGCAGCACAGAGGGCAGGAACGAUCAUUAUUACCUUGAGAACGAACACAACGCCUUCGCUGGCUGCAAUAAACAAUGGCUCGUCGUGCCCAUCCCUUAUAACUACACCGCCGCAAACUUCCCCAUACGUUAUGUGUGCACAUCUCCGGACUGCAGCGUCGUGGGGGUGGCCGGUCGUAAUGGCGCUGCUCACUAUUCCCUCAAGAGUCGGCGCUGGCAUUUAUUUGGUAAUGAGAGUCAAGAAGAAGACUUCGUAGUGACCGGUGGACUUGUGUGGUGGCAGUCCACACACCUCGUGCUCGGAGCCUACAACAUUCCUGCCAACACAGACGAACUCAGACUGUACCCUCAGCACCAGAAACUUGACGACCAGUUCUGUACGGUGGUCAAGCAGCCUGCUCAGGUGCUGCUGCUAAAUAUUUACAGGGACCUACUGGCAGUGCUCACGGCUGACUGUCACAUCACAGUUUAUCACCUCAGUCUCAACUCUGCGGCUAAAGCCAAGCGCGGGACUGGAGUCUCUCAAAUUCGCGCUCUCGCUUUGCCUGGCCUCACGCCUGCCCCAUUCCGUCUAACUGUCCUGCAGCCGCUCGUAGUGAGCAGCAAGAGCGUCAUGUUCGACGCUAGGGCUUUGCCCUUAAGAAAUAAAGUCAGACGCGCUCCAUGGAGGACCCGGGCCAGUGAUGGAGAGGAGUCAGCUCCUGACUCCACUGACGCGCCACGAAAACGUCAGCGAGGAGGUCGUGGGGCAGACGAAGGAUGUGUCGUGGAGCGUGUACAGGAGGUCGACAUCAGUGGUCUGGCGGUACACCCUGCAUGUGUGGUGUCCAUCGCCCUCACCUCCCUACGCACCGAGUCUCCCAAGCUCCCCACACAUCCCACCGCUGCGCCCUCCGUCAUGUCCAGGCACAGAAGCACGGUUGGGUCGUCAUCUCGCCUGAACAGUUCAUACGAACAUCACCGGCUCGGCUACGAACACAGCGUCAGCUACUGCGGCUCACAAGCCGCCUCUGCGGGUUACAAGAACUACCGAAGACGUUCAUCUCGGUACAGCUCGUCUCUGAGCUCCGGUAGCUACAGCGCUCACGAGACUCGGAGUUCAGAUUUGACUGCGCCGGCAGACAAGCCCCCGCCUGCGCAGAGUCUCAUCUUCAACAUAUCAGGCAAAGUCCUGAUGAUUCAACGCGACCAGGCGCCUCCCAGUGCCGUUAAAGACCCCAACGGAUCGGGGCAACUUGAAGAACAGAAGGACAACGGGAAGCUGUUCCAGCAGGCGCAGAUGACGCCCAUCGUGCUGGCCAGUUGCUGUGAGAGCUUCUGGUGCAGCAACAGCGGCAGCGCCUCCCUCAAGCCUCACCUCAGCCACGCCCUGUGGCUGCACUGCGGCGCUCAGGGCACCCGAGCCUGGCUGCCCCUCUUCCCUAACACUGCCGACCGCAGCCAUACAUUCCUUGCCAGGCGCAUCAUGUUGCCUGUCAUGCCUUCUAUUUAUCCCUUAGCGGUGCUGUUUGAAGAAGGCAUCUUACUGGGGGCCGAGACUGACUCGUCUCUCAUGGGUUGCGACUCGAGCGCCCUCCACCAGCCCACUGCAAUCAUCACGAGAACCAGAUCCCGACAAAUGGAGAUAGCGCUGUGUAGACUGAGGAUUGGCCAUACGCGCCUCACUCACGGCUACCUGAUUGAACGACGCCCUAUACCAUAUUGUGACGACUGCCUGGUGCCACUGACAGUUCUGCAUGUCUUGGCGGAGUGCCCUAGCCACAACGACAUCCGACAAAACUGCUACCCCAACACAUCCGCCCUCGAUCAUGACGAGAUGCUCACCAGAAUGCUGCGGGAGGACCGGCGAAGUAACUUCGAAACCGAUANGCUGAGUGGGGGAGGCAGCUCGCUGAGUGGGGGAGGCAGCUCGCUCAGUGGGGGAGGCAGCUUGCUGAGUGGGGGAGGCAGCUCGCUGAGUGGGGGAGGCAGCUCGCUGAGUGGGGGAGGCAGCUCGCUGAGUGAGGGAGGCAGGUUGCUGACUGAGAGAUCUAACCACCUGACUGAGAGAGGAGACACGCUGACCAAUGUACUGGAAGAGGAAGCGACCAGUAAGGAGCCUCUGCCGGACUCUCUGUUGCCGCGCGUUUUGGACUUCAUCAAGGAGUUUCCAGUGCAUCACCUGCAGACGGUGGUGCAGUGCGCUCGUAAGACCGAGCUCCCUCUCUGGCGCUUCCUCUUCUCAGUCGCUGGCAGUCCCGGCAUACUCUUCAACCAGGCUCUGGCUGCCAGACAGCUCGACACCGCUGCCAGCUACCUCAUUAUUCUUCAGAACCUGGAGAGCGCAAGCGUGAGCCGCAGCCACGCCACUCGCCUGCUGGACGCGACGCUCGAGGCGGGCAAGUGGCAUCUCUGCAAGGACCUCAUCAGGUUCCUGGGCGCCAUUGACCCGACGGACCUGGACUCGCCGAAGCCGUCAUGUAACGCCCCCAGCGUGACGACGAGCGGCAGUUCUGCGGGGGGCGUGGGCAGCGGCGCUGCGACGGGCGGGGCCGUGAACGCUGUAGGCGGCAGCACCAAAGUCGGCUUCAGUCACGCCUCACAGCCCGUGUCCCCCGCCUGCGUUGACGAAGAUCUCUCCAUGAUUUUACCCAAUACUCAGGCGCUGCGCAGCCGCUCCUUCUCUAGCGCCUCCGCCCCAAAAGGCGUCAGUCCCGGGGGUUCAGGGGACACAGCGGGCGCCUCGACCCCCCCACAGCAGCACACUGGGCAGCGCUGGACGUCAGACCAUAAGACUGACGCGGCUGACGGCAGGAAGAGGUCUUCUAACAGCACUACAGGAGUUCAGAGGGAUGCUUCUGCUGAGGAAUAUUUCGUUGAUGUUAUCCUACAACGGCAUGCCAAGAAACUGCUACUGGGACGCCGUCUGCACGACCUAGGCACCAUGGCUGCUCGCCUGGACUUCCCUGUGGUGUCGUGGCUGCGGCGGGAACGCUGCCGUGCUGCCAGGGUGGACGACUUCGUCUCUGCCCUCAGACAGGUACACACGGACUUCUCGUGGCCGUACCCCGCGGUGACGGCCAGCAGUCUACGGCAGUACAGCGUCGAGGGACUGCAUGAGAGCAUCAGGGAACUCAGCCUCACCGCCCACAAGAUGCCGUCACUUGCUCAAGGCAAAAUUGGUGACAGCGGCUACCUGAGUCACAGCACCUGUGCAGGGGACACCCAGGCUGCUCUCACGCCCCAGCACGCGCCGCUGCCGCCCUCCACGGCCCCCGGCAGCUACUACACAGGCGCUGAUGCCCACGACGCCACCCCCAGGCAGGCUGUGCUGGUGCCUCAUGCGCCGCCUUCCGGUGAGCAGAUGAGCGCAAUGAGCGAGGAGUGCUGCAUGAGCAGCGUCUACGGGGGCGACAACUGCAGCGUGAUGAGCACGGCCGCUGCAGCGAUGCACAGAGACGAUAGCGGUGACGCUUGGAAUGGCGAGGACGGUGAUCCCACUAGGGAUCUACUGGCGCGCUCUCCUGAUCCUCCGCUCCUGCCGUCCCCAAAGCCACCGCCCCACGCGCAGGUCCAGCUUCGCUACCUUCUGCAGGUGUUCCUGGAGGCGGGGUGCCUGGAGUGGAGUGCCGUGGUGAGUGUGGUGCUGCGAGACGCCCUCGCUGUGGUGAGAGUCGUCACUGCUGCCAAGGACGCUCCGCUGCCUUCCAUAACACGUCUCGUCAACGGCCUGCACGCUCUCACGCUCUUCACACACACUCACUGCUUGGGCUAUCAGAACUUCAUGGCAGCCAUUACUCCGCAAGUGCGAGUUCUUGAAUCAAUCAUCAAAAGUCGCCAAGAAUCUCAGUUCUCAGUCAGCAGUCCGAACAACGCUCCUCGCUCCGUCCCCGCCAGCAACAGCUUACCGCCGUCCAAGAAGAAGCUGUUAGUCUAUUCCUCUGACCCCGCAAUAGAGAACAACAGUGCCGUCCAAACUGCCCGCGAGUCUGGCUCCCUUGGGGCGAAUUCGUCCCAUGAAAACGAGUCAAAAAGCACCGCUAGCAGCGAACGCUACAGCAAAACUCUCGGGCGCGUUAAUUCUAAAGUCGAACGUGUAACUGAAGAGGAGGAAGAUUCUCCACUUCAUGCAGUGCAGCGUUCUGGCUCACGUAGUUCGCUGCACUCCAAUCCUGAGGAAGGCAGUGCUUGCGUCAUUUCGUAGAACUUCCUCGCUACGAAAUAAACCUUUUUUUAACUUGAAACUUUUUGAUAAAAACCACCUCAAUGGUGUCCCGACUUUUUUUCAUUAACAUCGCAGGUUUUGGCAGCCGUUUCUUUCUAUAACUUUAGUUAUCUCAUACACUCUGAGGAGACACUUCAUGCUUUGCAAAUUUAUGAAGUGUGGGAAAACAACAAAAUUUUUAUGUUCUAAAUUACCGUUCCUCUCAUGCUUUUAGCCUAGCCGCUUAAAGACAACAGUGGAAGUUUGAAUAUACAUGACCGUGGGUAAUGCUGAUGCAUUCACUUGUUAUUUUCUGUAGAAUUAAUAUUUUUAUACAUGCUAUGCUUGACCUGCGAUUUGAAUUGAUUCUAACUUCUACGCAUUCGAUACUGAGAUAAAAUGCAAACAAUACGGAUAUUGACGUUAAAAUCGGCAAAAUCCCAUCCAUCAAUUAUUCUACCCAUGUUAGAGUAUUUCUGUCAAGCAUUUUCAAAGACUUGCAGUGCAGAAAUGGCAUGUAAUCAACUAGCUUUGAUUGUCGGAGAAUUCCACUAUGAGAAAUCCAAGGACACUUUUUAAACAUUGCUUGAACAACAAGAAAUAAUUAAGGCAUGAAUUCUGAGUUAGUCUUGACCUCUAUUGGACCCAUGCACUCCCCGUUGAUAUUCUUAUUUAUGGGCACUACAUAAGAUUGACGAUUUUCAUGUUCAAAUUCGAUAGCCGAUAUCUUUGAUAGUGUUGGUGGACCACAACUCGCUCCCCUAAUUGUUGAGCUUUGUUCUCAUGCCAAUAACGUCGUAGUCUAUCGACGAAAACAUCCUCUUGGGCCACUUUUCUCGUCAAGAUUGAUAAGACUUUCAGAAAGUGAAAUUUCCAUCGACCUGGUAAACAUUCAUUGCUUGAUUGACUUUGGGUAACACUAAUAACUCGCAGUUUUAAUACGUGUGCCGAUGUCUGUUGCUUAGAUUAUGUGUGCGAAAUUGCCGAUGUCUGUUGCUUAGAUUAUGUGUGCGAAAUUAGAUUUUUACAAAAAGACACGAUGUGUGCUAUGCUUUUGCGCCUCAUGAAAUAAACUAUGCCGCUGAUAGGACGUGGACAAUACGCAAAAGUUUCAUGCUUUUUAUUAUAUAGAUGCUAAUUUAUUUCUUCAUCUUCAAACGGAUGAGAUCGUGGCAGCUAAAACAUACUUGUUGUUUUCUACGCUGGUUGUGUGUACAUGCGUAAGCUUUGCAUUACAUAAUAGCGAGGGUUCCUCCACUGUACAGUUAUGGGUGAUGUAGCCUAGGUUUUUGUCCCUUGCUUGUAAGCUAUUCGGUUAUUUUUUGUGCUAUACUAUGAGAGCUGGACGAAGAUAUAAUAGCUUACUUAUUCGUGUAGUGUUGAUGCUAGCUAUUCAACGUACCGAGUGGGUAAGUUCAAAGGUAUUUCAUGGCUAUAUUUUUAUAAACUUUGACUUCAUCAUGACAUUUGAUGCUUCAACGAAAUGAAUUCGUGAAAGAAGAGUUAAUUGUAGUUCAUCACUUUUUAAUGUUUUCAUGAUUUACGGUUCGUUUCUUUCUACAGAACCAAUGUUUUAUCUCAUUGCAGAGGCAACCGUUAGUCCGCACGAUAGAUUUUGUUUGAGACCACCAGUUAAUAUUUACACAAUUUGUAUCAAUCAUUUUAGUUAUAUAAUUCAGGGCACUAGAAUUGAACUUGUGCAGUUGACAAGUGAAAUAAGUUAAUUGUCCAGCUGCAUUUUGUGUAAACUCCAUUUAUAUAGUGUUCUAAGUUUUAACAUUGCAGCCUGCUAGUUGUAUUCGAGGUUCCAGAGCCUCGCUGUAAGUAGACAUUGUUUGAAUAUUGUAUUUUCACUUUUUAUUAAUGAAUUUGUAAAGUAUAACUUAUUGUUAGUCAACUCCCAACUUGCACUUGUUCGUUCAGUAAUUGAACUGGUCUUCCUGAGCAUUUGUCAGCCAAUUGCUUCACAUUGUUGCUCCCCGGCCAAACUUUGCUCUGAUUUUAUUUUCUGUAAUGUGGUCGAAUUCUCAAAAAUACGUUCGAAUACCUCGUGUUCUGAUCAUAGAGGUGAUAAGCGUAUAUACUUACGGUGAUCGUAACUAUUUUUGAAAAUCUGACCUAAUUGGAUAAGCUCGGGCGAAAAUUUUUGCUUGAUCUUUCUUUGAGAUAGAAUGCUUGUAAUAAUUAGGCAAUAUUUAUCAACAUAUAUUUUAUUUAUUGUAGGGCCCUUAGAAAUGAGCUAAUUUCAGACGUUUGAUCACAUUUUGUGGUUUAAGAUUAUAUUGAGGUUUUUUGUUCAGUUUUCUCGAUCACAUUAAUCAUUACAGGAAAACACCGCUCAAUAAAAUUGCCUGCUUUGUAAUCAGCACCUUUCUGUUUCUAAUAAUGUAAUUUGGGUGAACACGCUGAAAAAUUCAACAAGAUCGCUGGCUUCUUGUGUUGGUUUUCGCACUCAUUGCUUUCAAAUCGCGCCUUUUUAUUUUAAAAUUUGUCUUAGAGUUAUUCGGUUGAUUGGCUUGCGUCAUUUUUUCCUAAUGUGUAUUGGUUCGGGUAUUCAACUGACCAAGUUUAGAGUCAGUACUAUUUAUUGAGAAUUUUUGAUGUGUUUAUUUUAGUAAUACAUUCCAAAUGUGUAAUUAGCAUCAAUUUUCGUUCGAUUUCAAGCAGAAAUCCAUUAGUAUUAGUAACCCUUGAUAUUGUUUGUGGUCGUAUUUUGAGCUUAUGUGGUUCUAAAUAUUAAUGAAACAUGGUAGUGAAGCAAUACGUACUGUAGAACGAGUAGAUUAAUCGCUUUUCUGGCUGCCAGUAAACUUGGAACUUCAGGUAUUUCAUAGAAUUGACGUGUCUCGUCUCGUUUAAAUCGUUUCAAAUUUGACUCGUUGUAAGAAUCUUAGUGUUGCCUGCGUAACAGGCUUGACGUAAUCCGGAAAAUAUUCUAGGAGCUUAAUGUUCGCCUUUUGAGAGCGACUGUCUACUGAGUUGUAUUUUCAACCAAGAGUAGACCUCUCAUCGUCCUCGAUUCGUCCAUUUUUCGAUUGCUCAGCUGUGGUGUAGAUAGAAUUAUGCGUGUGUGUGUUGUGCCCUCAAAGCGUUUAAUGUCGCUGGUUUUCUGCUCCUCAUUCCAUAACUUUGUUCCAACACUGGAGCUAAGUUCUCAUUAGCGAAUUCGAGAAAGUGGAAUUUAUGCAGUAAUUGAAGCUGACAUGACAAUCGCAGAAGAGACCACCGAAUUUAAGAAAAAUCACACGAGUUGCUAUUGACGCAAUGAGCCUCGAGACUCGGCCUUCUGGGAUUUGCGUUCUGAUAGUUUCAGAUGAGAAUGCGUCUCCCUUCUGACACGAAAGUUUCAGACAAAUCUAUCAGAUCAUAAGCAACAACGUCCCAAUUCUUGCACUCAUUUUGUUUUGAAACUGUUUAAUUCAAUCAAUAACGCGUGCCAAUUUUCGUUUACAAUUGAUUUGUUCUGAAAGGCUUUGUAUUGGCGUGGUGAACUGGUAUGGUUUUAUGAGAUGAAUGAAUGGAGCUACGAACUGUCCAGGUCUGCGAGUAUUUAGUGAGAAGACGUAAAUUUUUACCAAAAAGACUAAAAUAAACGCACUCUAGCACCAAGGCUGUAUUGUCGGCUUGUACGGUAAAGACGUAAUUUUUCCAAACCGACAAUGAAGAUCAUGUCAUACGUAAUUUGCCUGAGCAUUCAUAAGUUUUCACUGCAUGUGGGUGAAUUUUAUUUUAUUCAUCAUAUUCGAUGCAAUUCGUUGAACAAUUUUAGUCAUAUUCUUUGUAAUUAUAUUGCUAAAUUACGGAUCAAUGUUGAACCUGCAAGAGGGAAUUUCUUAUCGGCAAGGAGGAAUGCAUUCAUCAUCCAAGUUGAGAAGACGAAUCGUUUUCAAAAUCCUCUGAAAAUUUUGUGUACAACUGGCCUUGCUAUUUCAUGAACUGCCAUGGCUUUGGUAUGUCAUGAACGUGGCAACUGACUUCUGCAGACAUAAAGGAAUUCUGCAAUGCAACAACUCGUCGUGAAUCUUCAAUCAUGAGUAGUAGUAGUAGUAGUAGUAGAUUUACUACUACUUACUUCAAUCAUGCAAUUCGAUCACAGCGUUACCGUAACUGUAUGACGCAAUUUCGGGAUAAUUACAACUUAUUUUCAGGAGCGCAUGCAGAACUUAACUUUGAAUGAGAUAUGUGUUAGCGUUAAGCGGGAACGAUCUGCGAGUUUUUUUUCUUGCAGUAAAACGAGCCGCACUGUAACGUCCCCUGCCAAAUGAAGAUGAGACCGUAGCGCUGAAGUGUCGAAUUAUCUUGUCUUUUUUUUCAGUGCUUCAUAGUGGGUGCCAAACUGUUGCGACUAAUUUAUACAAUUAGAAAAGUGUGCAUCUAAGAGGUGUAAAGCCUUAUUUUGUAUCAAUCAUCCCCUGUAUGAGUACAUGGCCCAAUGAA